UUUUCACUACCAGCCGACCCAGCAGCAUGGGGAACCAAUGUUUCAAUAAAUCACCGUGAAAGUGAUGAUUUUCUGCAUAAUCCGGAUGUUCGCAAAGGGAAGAUAGUAGACCAUGUUGGUUCAAUCUUCACUAGUCGAGGGCUUGCAAAUCUAGGAUUCCUGCUGUUAUUAUGUACGGGAUUGCUGGCUUUGUUUAUUGGGUAUCCCGUAUUGACAUACGUUAGCAAUAUUCAAACUACCACAGCAGCGUUAAACGCUUUAGGUAUCAAUGGAACCGGUCAAGUGCCUGAAAUAGGGAAUUUUGGGCUCAUAGAUUUGGAGACACCAGACGACGCGUAUACGAAAACGUCGAAUCGGGACGGUUCAGAGUGGCAGUUGGUUUUUUCCGAUGAAUUCAACACAGACGGCCGUACAUUUUAUCCUGGGGAUGACCCGUACUGGGAGGCCGUCAAUCUACAUUAUUGGGCAACUAAUAACUUGGAAUGGUACGACCCAGCUGCAAUCACCACCGAGAAUGGAUCGCUGGUAAUCACUUUUUCCGAGAAAGAGACACACGAUCUCAAUUAUCAAGGAGGAAUGAUGUCGACAUGGAACAAGUUUUGCUUUACUGGUGGUCUUUUUGAGGCGAGUGUCAUGCUUCCAGGCAUCAAUAACGUCGUAGGAAUGUGGCCUGCCGUAUGGGCUAUGGGUAACCUUGGUCGGGCAGGUUACGGUGCUACUUUAGACGGAAUGUGGCCUUACACCUAUGACUCAUGCGACGUGGGUACUGCACCCAACCAGACCAAAAACGGACUACCGGAGGCCGCUGUCCAAGACGGUGGCUCUAGCUCCGACUACGCACUGUCUUAUCUCCCAGGACAGCGGCUAUCUAGAUGUACUUGUUCUGGCUCAAGUCACCCAGGUCCUAUGCACUCCGAUGGCACAUACGUCGGCAGAUCAGCUCCUGAAAUUGAUAUGUUCGAAGCGCAGGUCACCGACGAAUUAGGAUAUGUCUCUCAAUCUGCGCAGUGGGCGCCGUUCAACGAUUUCUACGUCUGGGAUAACACCACGGACAAUCUGAUCAUUUAUAAUUCCACGGCCUCUGAGCUCAAUUCGUAUAUCGGUGGUGAUACGCAGCAGGCCAGUUCAGUCGUAACUGAGACGAAUCAACUAUGCUACGAGUUAUCAAAAGCUCCUUGCUAUUCGAUUUACGCUUUCGAGGUAAGUUUCUUUUCUUCUUCUCCCUAUAUUACGUGGUACUCCAGUGGGACACCCGCAUGGACAUUGAACGUCGCAGGCAUGGGCGCCGAUACUGCGACUGAAAUUUCUGCUCGCCCAGUACCUCAAGAACCAAUGUACUUGAUCAUUAAUCUGGGGAUGAGCGAGAAUUUCGGUACAGUGGACCUGGAGCAUCUCACCUUCCCUAAUCAUCUACGAGUUGACUAUGUUCGCGUGUAUCAAGAUCCUUCAAAUAUCGACAUAGGUUGUGACCCCACUGACUUCCCGACUGCAUCGUAUAUCAAUGAAUACAUGGAGGCGUACACUAAUCCUAAUUAUACCACUUGGGUAGACGACUUCAAGCAGACCUGGCCCAAAAACUCUUAUGUAGACAGUUGCUGA